AUGGCCACAACCACGACCCCGAUGCCUACAAUGAGGAUGUUAGUGUAUGAGAAAACCGCCGAUGCAGAAGAAGUCCCCGAAUACGCACAAUCACCCGAAAUCUACGGAGAUGAUGUGCCAACAUCAACGCCGAUAACGAUGCCCGACGCCAUUAAUGAUGAGACUAAGGAAACUCAUAUCUCACCCUCACAUCUAUAUCCGAGAAACUGA